AGAGGCUUUUGCGCGCGAACCCUUAAGCGCAAGGGCCGAGGUUUCCUUCUGUCGGGGUUCCCUGGGGUUAGGGUCUCGCGGGCGUGGUCAUCGCGGUCUCCCAGCCAUGGACAGCUCAGCCGGACAGCAGCAGGAGCAGCCCGCAUCGGCCAAGAUCCGGAACCUGCCCUGGGUUGAAAAAUACCGGCCCCAGACCCUGGAUGAUCUCAUUUCGCAUCGGGACAUUCUGAGUACCAUUCAGAAGUUUAUCAAUGAAGACCGCCUGCCGCAUCUGCUCCUCUAUGGUCCCCCAGGGACCGGGAAGACAUCCACCAUCCUAGCCUGUGCCAAGCAGCUCUAUAGAGACAAAGAAUUCGGCUCCAUGGUCUUAGAGCUGAAUGCUUCAGAUGACCGAGGGAUUGAUAUUGUUCGGGGACCAAUCCUGAGCUUUGCCAGCACAAGGACAAUAUUUAAGAAAGGCUUUAAACUGGUGAUCUUGGAUGAAGCCGAUGCCAUGACCCAGGAUGCCCAGAAUGCCUUGAGAAGAGUGAUCGAGAAAUUCACGGAAAAUACCAGAUUUUGCCUCAUCUGUAACUACCUGUCCAAGAUCAUCCCCGCCUUGCAGUCCCGAUGCACCAGGUUCCGCUUUGGUCCCCUGACGCCAGAACUCAUGGUUCCCCGCCUGGAGCACGUGGUGGAGCAGGAGAAGGUUUAUGUAAGCGAGGAUGGGAUGAAAGCUCUUAUAACUCUUUCCUGCGGAGACAUGCGGAGAGCUCUGAACAUUCUGCAGAGUACCAACAUGGCCUUCGACAAGGUGACCGAGGAGACCGUCUACACCUGCACGGGCCACCCGCUCAAGUCCGACAUCGCCAACAUUCUAGACUGGAUGUUGAACCAGGAUUUCAGCACAGCCUAUAGGAACAUUAUGGAGCUGAAAACCGUGAAGGGGCUGGCACUGCAGGACAUCCUGACAGAGAUCCACUUGUUUGUGCACAGAGUUGACUUUCCAUCAUCAGUCCGAAUACAUCUCUUGACCAAAAUGGCAGAUAUUGAGUACAGACUUUCUGUUGGCACCAACGAGAAGAUUCAGCUGAGUUCUCUCAUUGCCGCUUUUCAAGUCACCAGGGACCUCAUUGUCUCAGAGGCCUAGGUGGCCCCAGACCUUGACCCCAGUGCCCAGCUGGGCCUGGGGGCAAAGGACUCAGUUAUGGACACAAAAUGAGCUGAGUCACCCCAAGCCUUGGAAACCGCUGCUCCCACUGUAGAUGGGCACCCACCUGAAAGUCUUAUGUUCGCGCCGUUUGCUGAGGGGCGAGGGGUGUUCAGGACAAUUUUAUUGUGUCGCUUUUCUCUGUACUGUAGGAGGAAAAAAAAAAACUUUGUUUCACCAGCA